AUGGCGACGCAGCUAUCAGGAAAAAGGAUGAGCGGGUUCUCUCUGGUGGAUGAAGAGAUUGUACAAAAUAUACUCUCAAGGUUACCGGCUUUGACCUUUGCGUAUGCUGCCUGCGUUAACAAACGCUGGUACAAAAUAUGCAGCAAAAUACUCAAAAGGCCUAAGCUUGCUUCAGCUCUCUCCCUCAACCCUUCUCUCCAUGAUGCUGUGAAAGAGGUCAUUGAGCAGGUUCUCUCUGAGCCUAUUCGUCCACACUUUGCUAUUGCCUGCAUUAGCAAAGAGUUCAACUUGGAACUGGCUCAUGGACUGAUAAUUGAAAAACUGGGUUCAAGAAUCCCAAUAAUUACUAAUGUUUCCAGUGGAAUCAUUGGUGUCGAUGGCAUUGCUGAUGAACUGUUUGAGGAAAAAUGGGAAACAACUUCCGGUCCUAAUAUCCAAGAAUCAGAUACAGCUGAAAGAGGACUAGUUCUGCUCGUUGGAUUUUUACCUGGACUCAAAAUUGGCACCAUUCCGCUGUUACAACCGAGACAGGAAUCCAAUACAUUGGUUGACAAAUUUGUGAUGGAUAUUUUACAUUACACAGCUGCUGUUUCAGAUUGUGCAGCCCCUGCUGGGAUCAUAAUGUUUGGAGACAAAACCACUGACAUGAAACCUAUUGUUGCAAAGAUGGGUAAGUACCUUACCAGAUACAUAUUUGUGGUAUAA